AUGAAGCUGAACAAUAAUGUAACUGACUUCAUUCUACUUGGGUUAUCACAGUGUCAAGUUAGGAAGAAAACAGUGUUUGUCACUUUCUUGUUUUUACAUCUGGGGACAUUAUUGGGUAACUUCCUGAUUAUUUCCACCAUCAAGACCAGCAGGACACUUGGGAGUCCAAUGUACUUUUUCCUUUUCCACUUAUCUUUAUCUGAUACAUUUCUCUCAACUUCCAUAGCCCCUAGAGUGAUUGCCAAUGCCCUUAGGGGAAAGAGCACAAUCUCUUCUGAUGAGUGCAUGACCCAAGUCUUUGCAUCACUUUUUUUUGAUUGCCUAGAGAUCUUCAUCCUUAUUCUCAUGGCUGUUGACCAUUAUCUGGCCAUCUGUAAGCCACUUCGAUACAUGACCCUCAUGAGCCAUCGAACCUGUGAUGUGUUGGUGGCUGUGGCCUGGGUGGGGUCUUGUGUUCUUUCUUCAGCUCAGAUUCUUCUAGCCUUCAGUCUGCCUUUCUGUGGUCCCAGUGUGAUUGGUCAUUAUCUAUGUAACUUGCAGUCUUUGUUGAAACUUGCAUGCACACACACCUAUGUGACCAACCUACUCUUGGUGUCCAAUAGUGGGGCAAUCUGUACAGUGAGUUUUGUCACUCUGAUGUUCUCCUAUGCUAUCAUCUUACAUUCUCUGAGAAACCACAGUGCUGAGGGGAGGAAGAAAGCCCUAUCCACCUGCAUCUCCAACAUCAUCGUGGUCAUAUUGUUCUUUGGUCCUUGCACAUGUAUAUACCCACGCCCUGCAACCAUCUUCCCCAUGGAUAAGAUGAUAGCUGUGUUUUAUACAGUUGAAACACCUUUGAUCAACCCUCUGAUUUACACACUAAGGAAUACAGAAGUGGAAAAAUGCCGUGAGAAUGUAAUGGGGCAAGAAACUGAUCACAGGUGA